CAGUGGUGUGCGGUGGUGACACCAUCGUAUACCUGGUUGUUUGAAAGUGUGGAUAAAUAUUGGAAAAGUUUGAAUUUUGUAUGAAAUUUGAAAAAAUGGCUACUAUAGGACGAACGAUAACUCCAGCUGGUACAGAUGGAUCCGAUUUUGAACAUAGACAAAGAGUGGCAACCCAUUAUCAAGCAAGCGCAUUGAAUAAGUCAAGACUGAAAUACUGUAUUUUUUUUCAUUACCUACUGUUCUUUGUUAUGCUUGCUAAAUUGUCUGCUGAUAUUCUAGACAGAUUAGAUAUAUUUAUCCUAGAAAUAGAAGAAUUGGAUAUUCCUAAGCCAUUAUGGUGGGAAUAUAUUUGGUGCAUCAGUUUUCCACUAUCAUUUUUAGGAUUAGAAGCAAUAAAAAAGAACAGAGUAUCUUUAAUGAGGUACUACAGGCUUGGUGUUCUCUUAUUUGCAUUGGUUCCCAUCUGUUAUGCUGGAGUUUAUUAUUUCUUUGAUGUUUGGACCUACCUCAAGCACGAAGUCGAAGAGGAUCUAGAAAACAUUGAAUGGUGGCAGGGUUAUCCAUAUGGUAUGUUAUGGUAUGCAUUCUUGAUUGUGGCUCUUCAGAUCCACCUGUUCACUCUGCAUUUCUCCCAGAAACUUCUUGACGCUUGGUUGGCUAGGAUCUUAGGAAGGAAGCAAGAAUAAAUCUUUAUACAGUUUGCAUCUUGUUAACUAAUUCAGAUAUUUAAAUUAUUGUUCACUGGGAAUGUGUUUGGUGUUAAUAUGGGAUUGGGUGGAGAAAAUAUAGAACAAUAGAUGUGAAUAAAUGGACCUUUAUUUGUCUUCUCAAAGACUGUUCAUACUGUUAAAAUUCACUUCAGCCUGGGAACUUUUGUACAUGUUUAGAAAUAGUAUCAUAUAAAUUAAGCCAUUUAUCAUACUUACGAUGCCUAACAACAUCAUUUAAUGAAGUACACAGAUUUGUUUCUGCAACAGUUUGCUGAUAGUUCCGAAAAUUAUUUUAGUUAAGUAAUAAUAAACGUUUCUUGUUGUUUAUAAAUUUCGAUGCCUUAAUAAUCACUUCACUGACCAAAUCAAACUAUUUUAAUUUUUUUAUAUUCUUGAAUGCCCAUUUUUAUUUACAUUGUUUGCAUAAGUAUAUUUAAUAAACUGAAGCUUUAUUAAGAUGCACUAUAAAUACACUUACCAAACAGUUUAACUGUUGAAGAAAUAAACCUACUCUUUAUAAGACUGUAUAACUAUGGGGACCUUCUGAAAUUAUUAUAAGUCAAUUUAACCAACUCAAAAAGUAGAAUUUAAAUUUUUAGUAGGUUCCCGAAAAAUGAAGUGCGUUAUUAAAAGAGUACUUAGAAGAAAAUUGAGGUCUAAAGGUUACGUUUAGUGUAAGAAUUAAAACAAUGUCAGAUGAUAAGUUAUAUCUUAUACCUGUCUAUCGUGAUGAUAAAUAAUUAUAUUUGCUCUAAUCUGCACAGAUAAAUUCACUGGCACUUUUUUAUUUUUACAAUUUAGGAGAUCGGCCCUGCGGACAUGGACAUGAACCUGUUUUCUUAAGCAAAGUGUACUUUUUUCACUUUUUUUAACUCUUAUUUUUAUAUUCUCGAAACAGGAAUUAAUUAAUUCCUGUUUCGAAUCAUUAGUUUCCAAAUCCUUGGCCCAUUGUGUUAUUUUCUUUUGAUGGAUGGGAUAAGUAGCGGCUUUUUUGCAGGAUGGCAUAUUGGAAACGGCAUAUCUUUUAUUUGCCAAUGAAGUGUCAUUCAUGAAAUGGUCAUGCCAGACAUAAUUUUGGUUAGAAUCUUGCUAGUCUGUUUUUCGUCAAGGAAAUGUGAAUUUUUCCUUCAUCAUGACAUGUGUUGCUGUGAUUUUGUUAACUUUUUCUUUUCUGCUUCAAUAUAAAAUGUUCAAUUUUACGAAAUGGUUCUAAUUUUAUCACCCCAUUGUGUAUUAAUUUUUGUCAGAUUUAUUUUUUAAAAGAAACAGUCCAAAUACAACCCGCUCCUUGUACAGUUAUACAUAUACAAAUUUAUAGUCACUUCGUUAAAACCGUGUAAUAAUUUUUAUGUAAUUCUUUAAGAAUGUUGAAAUUGAAAUGUAAUUAAUGUGUUCUUAUAUCUUUUAACUAGUUAUGUGUUUUUUGUAUGCAAUUAUUGUAGAAUAUUUGAAUAUUUAAAACACACUUUUUGGAAUUCUAUUUUCGAAAAAUAAAAUCUAUUUUCU